AUGGCAUCGACAAAGGUGAAACUUCAUCAACUCGAUAAGAAGACAAACUUCAUGCUAUGGCAAGUCAAGAUGAAGUCAGUUCUUACACAACUAGAUCUUGAGGAUGCUGUUUCUCCAACGAUGCAUAUUUCAUGGAUUGAGGAUCAGAUGAAAAUGAUAAAUCAAAAAGCUCUAACUCAAAUAUAACGUCAUAUCUCAAAUGGUAUCCUUCAGGAUGUUCAAAAAGAGACAAAAGCUCACAAGUUAUGGUCAAGGUUUGAGGAGAUAUGUAGCUAAAAUCGUCACCCGACGGAAUCUCGCCAAACAACGACUAUUUGGUCUACAUAUGAUGAAAGGUACUUCUUUGGAAUCCCAUUUAGCCGCUUUUAAGGAUAUUAUGGCAGAACUUGAAGCUCUUGAUGUAAAUAUGUUAAAUGACGAGGAUCUUUGCUCUCUACUUCUUAUGUCUCUAUCACCAUCCUUUUUGGGCUUUCGGGAUAUUCUAUUUUAUGGGUCCGAAGGUCUAUCCCUUGCGACUAUUUAUGAAGCUCUCUCAUCCAAGAAAAACAUGAGCAAGUUCUUGGAGACGGCUACGUCGUCUCAAGCUGAAGGCGUUGUCAUUUGA